AUGGCUACGAACCCAGAGGAUGGCGGCGAGGUGGCCCUGGAAGAGGCCACAUCGCCAGCGGAGGUAGAUGUGGAUCCAACUCCACGUGAAAAGGUGGUUGCGCUUCCUCUCGAGGGUGAGGCGUUGAAGGCAACCGGCGGUUGCACCCCAGCUGUUGGCUCUGAGACUUCAUCGCACCCUGAGGGACUCUCCCUUAAUUAUGAGGAAGCAAGAGCUCUCCUUGGAAGACUAGAAUUUCAGAAAGGAAAUGUGGAAGUUGCUCUCCGUGUGUUUGAUGGAAUAGACCUUCAAGCUGCCAUUCAGCAGUUUCAGCCAUCCCUUUCUGAUAAGACACCAUCAAGAAAGGGGAGGACAAAAUCUGAAGUACCCAGUUCUGUGCUGCAAAAUAAUCCUGCUAGCCUUGUUUUGGAAGCCAUUUACUUGAAAUCACUAUCCCUUCAAAAACUAGGGAAAUCUACAGAAGCUGCCAACCAAUGCAAAAGCGUACUUGAUUCUGUUGAAAGUAUGUUCCAGAAUGGCACUCCUGAUAUAGAACAAAAAUUACAGGAAACUGUUAAUAAAUCUGUUGAACUUCUUCCGGAAGCCUGGAAAUAUGCUGGCUCCUAUCAGGAAGCAUUAGCUUCUUACCGGCGAGCUCUUCUUAGUCCAUGGAAUCUUGAUGAUGAAUGCCGCUCCAGGGUUCAAAAGAGAUUUGUCACUUUUCUGUUGCAUGGCAAUAUAGAUUGGAGCCCUCCCAGAAUGGCUCAGCAAAUUGAAGGUUCUUUUCUUCCAAAGAAUAAUGUGGAAGAGGCUAUUUUACUUUUGAUGAUAAUAUUGAGGAAUUGGUACCAAGCCAAGACCCAUUGGGAUCCUUCUGUCAUGGAACAUUUGACUUAUGCCUUGUCACUUUGUUGUGAACCAUUGGUUCUUGCAAAGCAACUUGAAGAGGUUUUACCUGGAAUAUAUCCUCGUACCGAGAGGUGGUGCACCCUAGCACUUUGCUACUAUGCAGCUGGUCAGAAAGAUAUUGCACUAAAUUUUUUGAGGAAGUCUUUAAACAAGCUCGAGAAUCCAAAUGACGUCCUUGCCUUAUUAUUAGCUGCUAAGGUAUGUUGUAAGGAGUGCCAUUUGGCUUCAGAGGGUGUUGAAUAUGCAAGGAGAGUAAUUGCACGUGCUGAAUCAUCCAAUUAUCAUCUGAAAAGCGUGGGCCUCCAUAUCUUGGGGAGUUGUCUUGGUAAGAAGUCCAAGGUUGUUUCAUCAGAUUACCAGAGGUCUCUACUGCAGGCAGAAACAUUGAAGUCACUUACAGAGUCAAUCAGUCUUAACCGCUACAAUGCAGACCUAAUAUUUGACAUGGGAGUUGAAUAUGCUGAGCAAAGGAACAUGAAUUCUGCAUUGAGAUGUGCAAAGGAGUUUAUUGAAGCAACUGGUGGAUCAGUUUCCAAAGGCUGGAGGCUGCUAGCAUUGAUUCUUUCUGCACAGCAGAGAUUUUGUGAAGCAGAAGUCGUAAUUGAUGCUGCCUUAGAUGAGACAGCAAAUUGGGAUCAAGGAUCCUUACUUAGGGUAAAGGCUAAGUUGAAGGUUGCUCAGUCAUCACCGAUGGAAGCAGUGGAAGCAUACCGUACUCUUCUUGCUCUAGUUCAGGCCCAAAAGAGUUCCUCCGAAUCUACAAAGAGUACUCCAGAGAUAGUAGAUGGAAUGGUCAGCGAGUUUGAAAUCUGGCAAGGUCUUGCUAAUCUGUACUCGAGUCUCUCAUACUGGAGAGAUGCUGACAUAUGUUUGCAGAAGGCAAGAACCCUGAAGCCAUACUCUGCUACAACACUCCAUGCAGAAGGUUACAUGCAUCAGGCGCGCGACCAUACAAAGGAUGCUCUGGCCGCCUAUGUAAAUGCAUUCUCAACAGAGCUUGAACAUGUGCCAUCCAAGGUGGCCAUAGGUGCACUCCUCGCCAAACAAGGGCCUCGGUUUCUACCUGCGGCAAGGUGUUUCCUCUCAGAUGCCCUAAGAGUCGAGCCCACAAACCGGAUGGCUUGGCUUUACUUGGGAAAAGUUCAUAGGUCUGAUGGGAGGAUCACUGAUGCUGCGGAUUGCUUCCAAGCAGCAGUGAUCCUUGAGGAGUCAGAUCCCGUGGAAAGUUUCAGUUCACUCUUGUGA